CCCCGACUUCCCCAGGUCCCCCAGGGUCUGAUCCUCUCUGCCCGCGUGGGGGCCCCGCGGGGUGUCUGGACCUUUCCGUCCCCGGGUCCCCCGGGUCCCAUCCCUCUCCUCCCGAGCCGGCUGAUCCUCCAGGCGCGAGGAAUCCCGACUCAAGGGUGCACCUCUCUGCCCCAGUCCACGCGACCCCUUCCCACGAUCGCGGGUGGAUGAGGGCGUGAGGCGGCCGGGCGCCACCCCGUAGCCCCCCCGAUGGCCGCCCCCGCCUCCUCCUCCUCCUCUCCCACUGGGCUCCCGCACUCCCCCGGGCCGGGGUCGCCGCCCCCAGCCCACGCGGGACCCGAGCUGUCGCAGCCGCUGCCGCCGCAGCAGCAGCAGACGCCCCUCCUGCUGCUGGCCCCGGGCUCCGGCGGGGUCUCCUUCCACAUCCAGAUCGGGCUGACCCGCGAGUUCGUGCUGCUGCCCGCCGCCUCAGACCUGGCCCACGUCAAGCAGCUGGCGUGCUCCAUCGUGGACCAGAAGUUCCCCGAGUGUGGCUUCUACGGUCUCUAUGACAAGAUCUUACUCUUCAAGCAUGACCCCACCUCCGCUAACCUCCUGCAGCUGGUUCGGUCUGCUGGGGAUAUACAGGAGGGAGACCUGGUGGAGGUGGUACUAUCCGCUUCUGCCACCUUUGAGGACUUCCAGAUUCGGCCACAUGCCCUUACAGUGCACUCCUACCGAGCGCCAGCUUUCUGUGACCACUGUGGGGAGAUGUUAUUCGGGCUGGUGCGCCAGGGCCUCAAGUGUGAUGGCUGUGGGCUGAAUUACCACAAGCGCUGUGCCUUCAGCAUCCCCAACAACUGUAGCGGGGCCCGUAAGCGCCGUCUGUCCUCCACCUCUCUGGCCAGUGGCCACUCCCUUCGGCUUGGCACGUCUGAGUCUCUGCCUUGCUCGUCCGAUGAGCUGAGCCGCAGCUCAACGGAGGUGUCCUCACGCCGCCUGCCCUCGUCUUCCUCUUCCUCCUCGUCCGUGUCCUACAUGGGCCGCCCCAUUGAGCUGGACAAGCUGCUGCUCUCCAAGGUCAAGGUCCCGCACACCUUCCUCAUCCACAGUUAUACUCGGCCUACAGUCUGCCAGGCCUGCAAGAAGCUCUUGAAGGGCCUCUUUCGACAGGGCCUCCAAUGCAAAGAUUGCAAAUUUAACUGUCACAAACGCUGUGCCACCCGCGUCCCCAACGACUGCCUGGGAGAGGCACUCAUCAAUGGCGAUGUGCCCAUGGAAGAGGCAAGUGACUUUGGGGACUCUGACAAGAGUUCUAUGAUGGAUGAGUCCGACGACUCUGGGGUCAUCCCUGGCUCCCAUGCGGAGAAUGCCCUGAGGGCCAGUGAGGAGGAGGAAGGUGAAGCCGGCAAGGCUCAGAGUUCCCUCGGGUACAUCCCCCUAAUGAGAGUCGUUCAGUCGGUGAGACACACAACCCGAAAAUCCAGCACGACCCUCCGAGAGGGGUGGGUCGUUCACUACAGCAACAAGGACACGUUGAGGAAACGUCACUACUGGAGGCUAGAUUGCAAGUGCCUUACCCUCUUCCAGAACAACACAACCAAUCGAUACUACAAGGAGAUCCCCCUGUCUGAGAUUUUGGCUGUGGAGCCGGCCCUGAACUUCUCCCUGGUGCCCCCGGGCACCAAUCCUCACUGCUUCGAGAUCGUCACUGCCAACACCACCUACUUCGUGGGCGAGACGCCCAUCCUGGCCCCUGGUGGCCCAGGCGGCGGGCAAGGGGCUGAGACCGCCCGGGGCUGGGAGACGGCCAUCCGCCAGGCCCUGAUGCCGGUCAUCCUGCAGGACGCUCCUAGCACUCCCGGCCACGCGCCCCACAGGCAGGCCUCUCUCAGCAUCUCUGUGUCUAACAGCCAGAUCCAGGAGAAUGUGGACAUCGCCACAGUCUACCAGAUCUUCCCCGACGAGGUGCUUGGCUCUGGGCAGUUUGGAGUUGUCUACGGAGGGAAGCACAGGAAGACGGGCAGGGACGUGGCUGUGAAGGUGAUUGACAAGCUGCGGUUCCCCACCAAGCAGGAGAGUCAGCUCCGGAAUGAGGUGGCCAUCCUGCAGAGUCUCCGGCACCCAGGGAUUGUGAACCUGGAGUGCAUGUUUGAGACCCCUGAGAAGGUGUUUGUGGUGAUGGAGAAGCUUCACGGAGACAUGCUGGAGAUGAUUCUGUCCAGUGAAAAGGGACGGCUGCCUGAGAGGCUCACAAAGUUCCUCAUUACUCAGAUCCUGGUGGCCCUGAGACACCUGCACUUCAAGAACAUCGUCCACUGUGACCUGAAGCCAGAGAACGUGCUUCUGGCCUCAGCGGACCCCUUCCCCCAGGUGAAACUCUGUGACUUUGGAUUUGCCCGCAUAAUCGGGGAGAAGUCUUUCCGCCGCUCGGUCGUGGGGACCCCUGCAUAUCUGGCGCCAGAGGUGUUGCUGAAUCAGGGCUACAACCGCUCCCUGGACAUGUGGUCUGUGGGUGUGAUCAUGUACGUCAGCCUCAGCGGCACGUUCCCCUUUAAUGAGGACGAGGACAUUAAUGACCAGAUCCAGAAUGCGGCCUUCAUGUACCCAGCCAGCCCCUGGAGCCACAUCUCUGCUGGAGCCAUAGACCUGAUCAACAACCUGCUGCAGGUGAAGAUGCGAAAGCGCUACAGUGUAGACAAGUCGCUCAGCCACCCCUGGCUCCAGGACUACCAGACUUGGCUGGACCUGCGGGAGCUCGAGGGCAAGAUGGGGGAGCGGCACAUCACCCACGAGAGUGACGAUGCCCGCUGGGAGCAGUUCGCUGCCGAACACACGCUGCCUUACCCGACACACCUGCGCGGGACAGGAGAGGGCGGGGAGCCCGGAGACGGAGACGGGGUCGGGGGCCUGGGGAGGGUCGCGCAGCCCUUCUCGCCUCAGGACCACGAGAUGCAGGGCCUGGCCGAGCGGGUCAGUGUCCUCUGAGGCUGCUUGGGAAGCAGGAUCUCCAAGCGCCUCUGGUGGAAGGAGCCUCCAACUCCUGUCCCCCCACCCCCAACCCCCUCCCUUGAGCGGAGCGGAGGCGGAGUGAGAGAUGACCAGGAGCAGCCCCGGGCUGUACCCUUCCCGCCCCGCCCCUGCAUGCCCCUCCCUUGAGCACCUACCCCUGGAACAGUAAAGGGACCUUGUCUUUCA